AAAUGAAAAUGUUUUUAAAACAUAAGAGAAAUUAUUCUCGAUAUAUUUUCAAUGUUAAUUGAAUUUUCAAAUUCGAAAACAACAAUUAUGGAUUGAAUUUUGUAAAAAAAAAGAUAUUAUUGAAAAAUUAUUUUUUUAAAGUUCAUCACGAGGCGCGUAUUUAAUUAUCGUUUGAAAUUCCCGCGAUCGUCAUCUUCUAUACCUUCAGUACUGGCCGUUUCUACACGAAAACAAUAUGGCGGUACAAAACUCGUGGUGUCAAACGGUUUGCUGUUAACAUCAAUGUGAAAACGACACAUCGAUUCGAAUUUAAAAAGUUUAUGGCGUUUCGCGAGAAGUUUUUAAAUUCAAUAAAGAGUUUAAAAAAAUAAACUCAACUUUCGGAAUUUUCUUUCUCCUGGUUUUGCUUUCGGACAGAAAAGGGAUACACUAGCCUCCCUUUCGCCGCUUUCUUGACAACACAUGCAGCUUCUUUCCAUUUGCCAAAUUUUCGAUCCGGACACCUGUAGCGAAAGAUAGCUGCUACAGCGUCCUCUGCAAGCAUAACUAGGUAUUGGUUUUGGAAUACAGCCUGGAUAUUGAAGAAAGUGUAUCACAGGAGUUGCUUGACAUUCGUCAAUUCCUACGAUUGCUUUGGUAUUCUCAAAUAGAAUACACAUCAGCAUACUUGUUAUAACUACGCAGAUUAGUUUACUUUUAGUAAAGAUCUGAUCAAAGUACAGAGGAGAAAUGAAACCAGAGAAAAGGAAACACUUGCUUUUAUAAGAAAGUAUCCCCCAAUAUGUAACAGCUUGGGGUGUUGAACCCCUGCUAAGAGUUAAUAGUCAGUGAAACCACUUCUAGCUUUUACACUAUAAUGUGCUUGAUUUCCUAGCAUGAUAUACUUUUUUCAGAGUAUUUUGCAUUAUGUAUUUAAUAGCUUUUUUAUGUUUUUCUACGUGGUAGGGGUAACUGUAUCAAAAAAACUUGCCUGCCUUUGGUAAAACAUUUUCUCUCAUAUGUAACUCGUAUCUAAAUGUGGUAACAUUAAAAACCAGUGUAAUAUAUAAAAGUAGUAUAUUGAAUUAUUGAAUUGAUUAUUUAUUUUUAGUAUACUUUCUAAUGAACAUUUCUUGUACAUCCUGGACAAUUAUCCCUUAAAUCAUUUUCAUCUUCAAAUAAUACACCACACCAAAUACAAUAAAAGUACUUUUCACGUAAAUAUUUUGUUAGAAUAUCUAAUUUCUCAUUAACAGUAAUAUCUUCUUCUUCUUCUUCUUCUUCUUUCUCUUCUUCUUCUUCUUCAUUUUCAUCUUCUUUUUUCUCCAAAUCAUUUACCCAAAACCAAGAUUCUAAAGGUUCUUCUUUGUUUGCUUUAGCAUCUAGUUGUUGACAAACUUUUUGGCUUUUAUAUAAAUCUACUUUUAACAUUUGUUCUAAUUUUGUUUCUGCCAAUCUCUCUCGGAAAUCUUGCAUAUGUGAAUUAUCUAAUCGUGUAUCUACUAUUUUUGAUUUGGUUUCUUUUUUUGCCGAUGUUUUGCCUAAUCCAUGUCGAUCAGCUUUCAAUUCUAUUCCAAUUGGCUCAAUCAUACCUGAUUCUGUUUUUCCUAUACCUUGUCCUGGUUUAUAUCCCAUUUUCAUAAGCAAAGCAAAACCUAUAAGCAAAGAAGAGAUAAAUAGGAUUAACUUUAUAAGUUAUUUGUAGAACUCACCUUUAUUACUACUUGCUAUGGCAUUAGACAUGCCCUCUUCUCGUUUUUCACGCUCUAUUAAAUGUAUUGAUUUAUUUUUUUCUUUCAUUUUUGCUUCAUGCUCAGCUUUUCUUUUUUCUAAUUCGAAUUGUCUUUUAUCUGUAUGUCUAUAAACUAGACUUGGCGUAGCACAUUUUUCAGACAAUUGUAAAAACUUAUCGGACAUAUAAUCUUCAUCAUCUGACAUUUUAGUUUGUUCAAUUAUUUUUAUACUUAAUAUCAGAAGAAAUUUUUUAUAUAAACUUUCACUUUUGACAAAAAUUUUUUAUUAACGUCAGUAUCACUUAUCAAUUAUCGUUUAAGAUAAAUUUUAUAUAUGAAUUAAAGAAGUAGACCAUUUAUUUAUGGAUAAAAAGUUCAUAUUUAUGCGCAUAUCUUUUUAAUGUUUAGGUAGUCCUUAGUACAAUGACUUUAAUUGGAAAAUACUUUAAUAAAACACUAUGUUUUGAGGUUAAGACGCAGCUGUGCUUAUAACGCGUACUAAACGUACAACAAACAUAGUCUCUCUCGUAGAGGCGUCAUUAAUGUAGUAGAAAAAACUGCAUCAAUCAUAAAAACUUUUAAAAUAGACAGAGGAUCGAAUUAUUUCGUGUUUAUUAUAUUUUGAAAAAUAUAAUAAUAGGAUUUUGAAAAAUUUUUAAUCAAAAAAAUAUUAGAAGAAGAAGAAAAAUAUUAAGGUAUAAGCCAACGGAUCUUUUUCAAUAUACUAUCAUGAAUAAUAAAGCUUUGAAGCUUAGAAAAUAAUCAAUACGAAGGUAUUUAUUUUAAUGUUUACAGAGAGUUUGAUAUUUUUCAAAAGAUCUUAUAAUUUAUAUUGAUAUUCAAGGAAGAAACGCCCGCGCAUAUUUGAAAUUAUUCAGAUCAGCAUGGAGAUAGAUAGCGUGAUGUAAUGGGACUCCGCUCAUUUGCACGAAAUGAAGAGGACACAAAAGUGAAAGGAUUGACGAUAUCAUGAUUUGUCGUCUUUUAUAUUCAUAUAGAUGAGAAGAAAAAGUUUAUUCAUAAUAUGAUCAGGUUUAUUAUUAACCUUUUAUUUAGUCAUUAUUUAGUCGUUAUUUAUUCGAUUGGUCUUUUGGCUAUAAUCGAUUCGAAUGAACUCGUCCAGUAAUACGCUAUAAUACGUAGUACUUACGUGCCUCAAUUAUGUCAUCAUCAGCAAUUACUCAUUUUCAUAGAAUUCCCAAUGAACUAAGAUAAAAUUUGAUUGAUAUAUUUGAACGAUAUAAGAUUAAUAAACGUGACAUUUAUUUUUUCAUCAUUUACGUCUCAAAGAUAUUUGUUUCGAUAGAGAUAAUAUUCUUUUUGAAUAAAAAUUCAUUUGAGAGAGAGAAUCAUGAUAAGAAGGCACGUUUAUCUCUUUGGUUAAUUUCCUGUUUCCGAUAUUUUCCACCGAUAAAGCCAGACAGGUUCUUACCAGGCUGUUCGUUCUUUCGUUUGCUAGUUCUAUAAAACAUAACCUAUAGUGGUUACAAUUUACGAGCUUCAGGUAUAUUCGCUGCCGUAAGCGAUACACGUACAGGUACAUGGAUACGUACAAUUUCUAUGUGUGCGUAUAUAUACAUAUAUAGUAGAGGAUGUUGGAUGACGAUUGGCGGCUUGUAACAUGGCCGACCGAUGCGCAAGUCGAGUUGCGCAGCUGACAAAUUUUGUCAAACUUCUGUAUUACUGUAUGACUGUUAUAUAGAGUGUUACAAAUCAUUUCGUGAUUGAAUCACUUUGUUCUCGACUUUUGAACAAUGUAUCAUCUAAAAGUAUCGCGUUUACCUUAUUUGUUGUUUGAGCCUUGUGAGAAUAUAUAAGAGUAUAGAGCGUAAAAGCGAAAGGUGGAAGAGUGAGUGCAAGAUAGAGAGAAGGAAGGAGGCGUUAAAAGGAGGACUCGUUUAGAGGGAGGAAAGUGCUAACGUGUAGAGAGGGAAGAGAAGGAGAGAGAAAGAGAAGCAGAGUGGCCGAUCUGCUUAUUUCGAGAAACAUACCUUUACCUGUUAAUCGUUGUCAUAGAUUUUGAGAAGAGACCAAAUCAGUGAAUUCUUUUAUUAAGCAGUAAAAGAAAAUUGAAGUGGGAAGGAUACGAAUCAGAUUUUCAUUUCUAUCUUAUCGUAUCGAGACGAGACUAUGCACGGAAAAAGAAAUUCGUAAAGGUAACAAGGAACGAUCGAAGAGAGACGACAACGGAAAAUCAUAAUAACGAAGAUAAAGAUUUCUUUCCAUCGUAGAAACAUGCUAAUUCGUCUGUCACGAGGAGGCGUGACGAGUCGUAGGUCGCAAGAGUUUCGAGCACGAUUCUUCUCGUGACCGAAUUCUGAGGUUCGGGUGUGUACGAAGUGCACGGUGCGUGCCUAAGUACGAAAUCAAGAAGAAACGAUUUAUCGAGAUUAUCCUCGAUGAGAUAUACAAUACCGCGUGCGAGUUUCUAUCUUCCUCUUCCGCAUUUUUUCUCGACACUCUAUCGCUAAAGAAUAUUAUUACGUCCUCAAGGCUAUUUUGGAAUAGAGUUCACACUGUCUGGUUCGUCCAAGAUAUUCGGCUAUGGUUGUAGCCAGUGGUGGAUGGGUACAAAAUGCCAAUUAUCCUGCUGCUCAGAAUAAUAACAAUCUGAGCUUGAGCAACAUGCAGGACAAUAAGAUGGCACCGAAAGUUGUCCUGAUUUGCAGGGACAACUCUCAUCCGUUUCAAGAACGUACGUUGACUUUGGAAGAACCUGUGAAAAUAGGUCGUUCAGUGGCCAGAGUAAGGGCUGCUCCAAAUAAUGCGAUCUUUGACUGUAGAGUGUUGUCAAGGAAUCACGCAUUGCUUUGGUAUACCGGUGGAAAAUUUUAUUUACAAGAUACUCGUAGUAGCAAUGGAACAUUCAUUAACAAUCAAAGGUUAAGUACUUCAGGCUUAGAAUCUGCAGCCGAAGAAGUAUGUUCAGGAGACAUAGUUCAAUUUGGAGUGGAUGUAGUAGAGAAUACAAAGAAAGUAACGCAUGGUUGUAUAGUGGCAACAAUAAAGCUUUAUCUGCCGGAUGGUAAAGAAGCUAAAGCUAGUCUUAGCACAUCUGUUACACCGGUAGGUAGUAAUGUUUCCUUAGAGGAUUUAUAUAAAUUGUAUCAAGUUAUACAAGAAGCUUCUAGGAGGGAAAAGGCGCUUAAUUCUAAACUAGGACAUCUUCAACAACUGGUAGAAAAUAUUCGAAAAGUUACUAAUCAGUCAUGGAAAGCAUUAAUAACGGAAGAUCGUUUGUUAUCAUGGGUUGAAACUGUGGAAAAUCAACUGGUUGUUUAUUCUAAAAAUUACACAGAAGAUAAGAUUAGAAAUGAACUUGUAAAACUUCAAGAGGAAAAAGCACAAUAUCAAAAUACAGCAAAGGAAGCAUUGCAGAAAAUUUUGCAAGAAAAGCUGGAAAUUGCUAAAAGACUAGUGCAUGUAGAAACUCAAUUAAGCGAAACUGAGGAAGAAAAUCAGAGUUUGCACAGUGUUUCAAAAUAUACUCAAAAUGAAUUGCAAGAACUUAGUGUCAAAUAUACAGAAGUACAAAAGAAACUCCAAGAAACGACGAACAAACUUUUGGAAACUGAAGAAAAAUUAAAAGUAGUGAAGCAAAAUGCAGAACAAGAGAUACAAGUUAUAUUAAAAACAUUGGAACGUCAAGAGGCAAAAGAACAAAACUUGUUGGCAAGAUUACAAAAGUCUAGAUUAAGUUCGGUUAAUAUUCUUAAGCAGAUCACUGCCUUGAGAAAUUAUAUGCAAACUCUGCAAGAUAUGGAUCCAAAAUUAGUUACAAGUGAAAAUUUUGAUUCAAAAGAUGGAGAGAAUCCUAUUGAUGCUAUUAAUGCAAUUUUGAAUAAAUUAAAUUCUAUUAGUGCUGGCAAUAUAGAAAUGGAUUCUGAAAGUAAUUUUAAAGAAGAACAAGAUAAUCAAUUUAAUUUACAAGAUAUAGAUUCUAAUCAAUUGAAAGUAGUAAAUUCUGAAUCAUUUAGUUCAAAAGAGAAAUUAGAUGACUUGGCAGUGGGAAAUGAUAAUUUAACAGAAUAUAUUUUGCCUCCUCCAUCUAGGAGAACAUUAGUAAAUGGAAAUGCUAAUUUAGACAAUUUGGAUAUUAAUUCAGAUGCUGAUAUAGAUUCGGAUGCAACGGAUGAAACAUGCAGUGUUGCUAGUGAUGAUGUUAGCAUAAAAUCGACUAUAGAAAACAAGAAAGAAGAACAUGCCUUUGGAGAAAUUAAAGAGAUAUUUGUACCACAUAAAGCGGAAGUUAGAUUUGCGUCCAAUGAAAAUGGCGAGCAAUUAGAAGUUUAUUAUGAGCCAACAGAACAAACAGAAAAGGAGAACGAAUUAUUAGAAAAAGCAAGUGAUACCGUAGAUUCUGAAAAGUCUUUCAGAGAAGUAGAGAAUAUAACAACAGAAAAAUAUGAACAAAUUGAAGAGAAGAAUGUCAACGAAAAAGUUGACUUAAAUAAAGACUGUGACGACGAAGAUCAUCUAGAAGGAGAUUAUAUUAAGACAUUAAAGCCUAUGACUAAGAAUGAAAGUAUGCAACAGAGUUUGCAUUCAAAAGAAUAUAUAUUGCACACUCUAAUUGGAUCUUUAGAUUCUUUAAAAGGUGAAGACAGCCUGGAAGCACAACAAGUGGUCAAGCAGGAAUUAGAAGAAUUAAGAGACUCGUUGAUUCAUGAACCAACUGAGAUCAUUAUGGAUAGGUUGAAGGAAUUGUAUUAUCGUGCGAAAAAUGAGGCUCAAAGGAUGCAGGAAGUUAAUGAAGAAUUAGUAAUAGUGAAAGAAAAGUACAAUGCCUUUUUAGAUGAAAGAGGAGAACUAUUAAAAAAAUAUACCACAUUAAAGCAACAGUGUGGUGAUUUGCUAAAUGCAACCUACACUGUGCCAAUACAUUAUGUUGUUCCCAUUGUAAUAGCGUUAGUCUGCAUGUUGCUAGAAAAAAUCUUCUAAUGUUUUUUGCUUUUGUAAAUAAUUUUCUCUAUGAGAAGUAAUAUAUCUCCUUUUUAAUUUUUUAUCUACAGUAAUAAUAAUAAUAUUAAUAAUAAUAAUAAUAAUAAUAAUAUUAUUAUUAUAAUAAUUAAUAAUAGUAAUAAAAAAAAAAAAAAAUAACAAUAUUAGCUAUAAUAUGUGGUGCAAUCACAAACUCAAGUUUUAUUCUGUAUAACUGUAGAAGUGGAUUUAGGUCUGGAAAAUUUAUAAUCUCUAUUUGAGAAAUUUAACGUUUUUUUAUAUGAUUAAGAUUAAACAAAUUUGUAAAUAGUAUGAUAUACAAAUGAACGUAUCCAUAAAGAACCAAAUUCAGGAAUUUUUCAGUUUUUACUUUUUUUUUGUUUUUUUUUUUGUUUUUUUUUUGUUUUUUUUUGUUUUUUUUUUUUUUUUUUUUUUUUUUUUUUUUUUUUUUUUUUUUUUUUUAAAUUCUUUUGGAGGAAUGAAAAAUCAAAGGCAGUAUUAUAUAUUCUAUGGACAUAUGCAUUGUGUAUCGAUUUAAAAUGAAACUACGGCUAGAUGGAACAUAUUUAGAGAAGAAACUAGACAAUACCACUGAAAAUGUUCAAUAUGCUGCCAAUCUGAAUAAUCAUAUCUUUUCAAAGUUGUGGUGGCAUUUAGUAUCGGAUUACAAUGCCACACGCUUCGUGUUAACACGUCGUCGCGAUUAUUUAUAAUGCAACGUCUUCGUUGGAUCGAUCAAUGAAUGGCAAGUGGCUAUGACACAAAAUUAACUGAGCAAAGUGUGUUCAUCAAUAUAUUAUCUCAUUAUUUUCCGUUUAUUGUAUGUCUUUUCUUUUUUUUGCCUGAGUAUGAAAGUAACAAAUAAACAAACAAACAAAAAAGAAAAAAGGGACAAGAAUAUAGACAAAAAAGAGUCUUAUUUUACAAUCGACUAUCACGUUGAGAUCACGCAUGCGAACAAAUUUUUAUAAAAUGUGUUGUACGGUGGCUGUAAAUCUUUCUUCUUCUUCUUCUUCUUCUUUUUCUUCUUCUUCUUCUUCUUCUUCUUCUUCUUCUUCUUCUUCUUCUUCUUCUUCUUCUUCUUCUUUUUCUUCUACAAGAUUUCUUAUCGCAAAAUUUAUCUUACCCAAAUUACCGUUUCGUCACCGAUAUCUAUUACAUGUAUACUCAUUCAUAUACACACACACACACACACACAGAUAUACAAUCUUUUUGAAAUUAAUAGUUUAAAGUUCACUUUUUUUUUUAUUUUUUUUUUAUUUUUUAUUAUUUUUUUUUUUUAUCUUUCAUAUUAUCAUUUAUAGUUGGAGUGUCGUUUCAUAAUACAUAUGGCACGUGUUCAGUUGUUUGUAAAAAGAUGUGUUGCGUAGUUUUUCACCGCAAGCGUGCUUCAUGCACAGGCAUGUUAUUGAUUGAGUUGUUUAAAAUAAAAUUGAUUUUGUAAUGGUACCGCAAGUUCUAUUUAUCGAUAGUGUAUAAUUACGAUUAUCUAUUUAUCUAUGCGUUCUUAAUCAAUGUGUUUUUGUCUACGCGGAUUGUGCAAAAGCUUUAAAUGCUCACUAUUUUCGAAUUUAAUUAUUAUUUAAAUAAUACAUUUUUCGUAUAUUUUUUUAUUUUAUUUUUUUUUUUAUUUUUAUUUUUUUGUUUUUUUUUUUUUUAUAAAUAUGCACGCUCGAUCUAUAUCUUCAUUUGCAUUGAUAUCAUCAUAUUAGAAAGCAUAUCUAAUCGACCGACCUAAUAAUUAUUAAGCAGAUUAUUCUCAUAUACUUGUAGACUUUUUUAAAGCUAAUCGGUACAAGGAUUUUUCGAUCCUACAGCGAUAAAAAGAAAAUGAUCUAGGCAUCUAUUCAAAAAGAAAAAGAAAGAAAAACGAAAAAAAAAAGAAAAAAAAGAAAAGGAAAAAAAAUUGAUAAAAAGAAAAAGAAAAUAUAGAAAGACAGAUUUCCGAAUUGUACACUUUUCCAUUGAAUUCUUUUUAUAUGAAUAUAAUCGAAUUUAAUCGUACCUUGAUUCAUUAGUUUUAAUUAGAGUGCCAUUGCUCGAUCAACAUUUUCCGCGUUAAAAGAAUUAUUAAAAGAGACGUAAUUGUAAGAGAGAAAGAAAAGAAAAAAAGAAAGAAGAUAUUGGAUUAUAAAUAUAUUCUCGAUUUUUGUCUUUCGAGAGAAAGAAAAUCAAAUAGUCUCUCACGAUUGUCACUUUCGUCACUUGAAUUUAAAAAGAAAGACAAGAGAAUCGUGGAAAUUUAUAUAGCAAAUCCUACUUGUACAUAAUAUUGUUGAUAUAACCUUAAUACUAAUGUAUAAGUCAUAAAAAAUAAAAAUUAACUUAAUUGAGAA